GCGGAACUGCGCUCCCGGCCAGUGCUCCUCGCCGCCACCGCCCCGCGCCGCGGACCCGCCUGGUCCCGCCCGGUUCCGCUUGGUCCCGCCCAGUCAGCCAUGGCGGGACUUGUGGUCAAUGGAACACAAGUGUCCUACAUAGGCCAGGACUGCAGAGAAAUUCCAGAGCACCUCGGCAGAGACUGUGGACAUUUCGCAAAGAGGCUCGAUCUGAGCUUUAACCUUCUGAGGUCACUGGAAGGACUGAGCGCGUUCCACAGCCUGGAGGAGCUCAUCUUGGACAACAAUCUGCUCGGGGACGACCUCGUGUUGCCAGGGUUACCCAGCCUCCAUACCUUAACCCUCAACAAGAACCAAAUCACUGAUUUGGAGAGUCUGCUUGAUCACCUGGCAGAAGUGACACCAGCUCUGGAGUACCUCAGCCUACUGGGUAAUGUGGCAUGCCCCAACGAGCUGGUCAGCUUGGAAAAGGAUGAGGAAGACUACAAGAGAUAUAGAUGCUUCGUUCUGCACAAGCUACCCAACUUGAAGUUUCUGGAUGCCCAAAAAGUAACCAGACAGGAACGAGAGGAGGCAUUGGUCAGAGGGGCAUUUAUGAAGGUGGUGAAACCCAAGGCUUCCAGUGAGGAUGUUGCUGCCUCUCCAGAGUGCCACUAUACACCCCUGCCUUCUGCUUCCAGGGAGCUCACCAGUCACCGAGGUAGGGACUCAGCUUGUUAUUGCUCAGUGGCUGCAGGAAGGGACACUUUGCCAUACAGAGCUCUGGGCUCAUUACUGCUGCCUUUGUACUCUAAAAGGAAUGCAGUGCUUUUUCAGUCCUUGAUGAGAAAACCGUACCUGUCAAACCUAGCGAUUUUCACUCAUAUUAAAUAGAAUUCAGUGGCAGUCUACUGGGAAGGCAAAUAAACCCAUGGUUUAAUAUAAUUUUGUGAUUUUUUUGUUUGAAUAAGGAGAUUGUAGUAUUUAAAAAUUAGUAAGUAGAUCAUUGCAUUCAGCAAUAGUGAUGGAGAGAAAUUGGGAAACUCACUAAUACUUAUAAAAGUAUUGUUUGGGAGUGUAAUAAUUGAAAUCUGUAAUUUCCAAAUGAAUGAACUCACUUACAAUUAAAAGGAAUUCCAGUUUGCCUGGCAACAUUGGAAAGAAUCAAUGUGCAGUUUUCACUGAAUUCUCUGAUCCUCAAAACAUUAAUUUGGCUUAUCCAAUUCUUCCAAAGCCUUGAAUUCCUGUUGCCAUCUUUAGAGUCCACAGCUUCAAAAGCAGGCAGAAUACUGCCAUGAAGUAUCAUUUGAAAAUAAAAUGCCUUAUACCUAGGCUGGAUGCUUGGUCCAAGGAUUAUGUAAUUUCCCUUUUAGGAAUUGGUAAGGGCAAGAAGAGGGCAUAUGGUGUAAUGUCUUUACCCUGUUUUAUAUUGAUUAUGAUGACAGCCACAUUUCCUAAUUAUGAAUCUACCUUCCAAGGUUAAAUACAUAAAGACUCAGACUGAGAGUGUCACAUACUCUAAACAUUAUUUCUCCAAGCAGGAAAUUCCCCUUGUUCAUCAGAGGACAGCAACUAAGGGCUAUUCUAGCUUUGUCAUCCCAGCUACAUUGCUGGAUAUAGGAGGAAAGGCAAUGGAGACUCUCCGAAAGUGGUACGGUUGGGUCUCUGAGAAGACUUACAGGCUCUGAGCAAGUGGCACAUUUAUAGUCUGCAGGAAAUGAUCAAGAAAGGAAUGCAGAGCCCUAGGUGUCUAUGAAUCAGACCUGUGUUGCCUGUUGGAUGGUGUCACACUAUAAAGUUGAGAGGUUCUGAUGUCAGGGUAUCAGUAGAACUUUUCUACUUUUCAAUAUACUUCAGUUAAUUAGGGCUCAGUUGUGAUUCCCUUCAUUAAUUGUCGAUUUUAUCAACCUGACUCCCAGUCAGGUUGGAUGAGUAGCUGUCAACGUGUUACAUUUUGAGGGGCAUGAGCAGGUCUCCUUGAUUGAAUGUCCUUACAAAGGCCAUUUUUGUCUUUCUCUAUGCCUUUAGAGACCAUUUUGGGUAAUUCCUAUAGGCAAAUAACAAUGUCAUAUUUAGAAGGAGUAAAAAAUUAACCCUGGCAUCAUAUUCUCAUGGGUUUAUUCAUUGGUUUCUUGUUUUUGAAUAAAGGAAAUUUUACUUUGUAGCCUGUUGAGUACACUGCAUAGGAAGUGAAGUCUCAGACCUCAAACACACUUGAAAAAAUUUAUCUAGCCAUGAAAUUGGCAUAUCACAAUAGGAGGACAUGAUCAAAUAAGUGAUAAUCAUCAAGAAUAGGAAAAUACCAUCUGCCAUUUUAACAAUAAGGUAAGAAACCUAAACCUUGAGGAAAUAGAAUAUAAGACAGUAAGUUUUGAAGGUGAUUGAGUAAUAUUUAGAAUAUGAAAAAAUGCUUAGACUUAGAGAGAAAAUGGGUGCCUUUGAUGACAUCAGAGCCCAACAGCAGUGGACAAAAGGGAUCCAGGAUCUAAGGACAAACAUCUCUUACUGAGAAAUAUCCCUACACACUUAACACACUGGUUGGCUGAUCAGUGCUAAGGGCAUGGAUGUUGAAAAAAGCAAGUCUGCAUUAUAAAACAAGGGUCAGUUCUUUGGGUCCAUGGCAUGAAGAGACUGGUAAAGAGAGAGCCAAAGACAGCUCCUUAAGCCUCCAUUGUUGGUCUGAUCUGUUUAUAGAAAAGGGGAGAAUGGUAUAUUUCAUCUUGGCAUGACUCAUGUAACAGCAAAUGGGAAAAUUAUUUCUUGAACCCAGAAUAAAACCACUUAAUGCCAUCUUGUUUUUCUUCUAAUUAAAAAAAAAAAAAAC